GGUGUAUUGCUGAAUGCUGAAAAUUUGUCGGUUUAUUCUCGUCGUUUUGGUCGUGAUUGAACCUAGAUUGAUUGAAUUUUUAAAUUCAUCUCAAAUAUCAACUGGGCUCAGACCUGGACCUGACUAGUUAUGAAAGUAGACAAAUCAUCUUUGAGAAUUUCACGCCACGCUUCGCCAUCGAGCGAUAGCAGUAGCAACUGUUCUUCUAUUGAAAUUAAACACCGUAAAAAGUCAGAAGCCGUUCCCAAAAAAACGAAAGGACGUUUAAAUUUGCAAAAGUCACUAGAAAAAGAAGCGAAACGAGAACGCAAAAGCGCAAAACUGGAGAAAAAACUUUUAAAACACCAGCGAAAAAUGGCCCGAAAAACCGAAAAACAGCUUCGUAAAUUGCAGAAAAAAGAGCUUCGAAUGGCUAGAAAAACAUCCACAAUAGCCUCAGAUGAAGACUGUGGAGUUCCAUUGGAAUUGAUGGACACUACAGCUCGGGCGCCGGAAACUAGAGAACAAUAUGAAGCAAGACAAGCUGUGGUUCGGCGCAUUGUAGACCCAGAAACUGGUCGAACUCGAUUGAUAAAGGGUGACGGAGAAAUUAUUGAAGAAUGCGUCAGUAGAGAGAGGCAUUAUGAAAUUAAUAGGUUGGCUACAGCCGUAGAUGGAGCAGAAUUUUAUCGUAAAUCUAUUGAGUUAAACGUUAAGAUUUAAAAGUAAUAACUGUAGGGUAACCAACGUAUUUUGGACCCCCUCAACAGCUGUACAUAAUUUGGACACUUACAGCAAAAUCAAA